GGAAAUUGCAUGGCCAUGCUGAGAUGCUUUUAUGACGUCUGUUCCUAUUAGUCAGACUUGAUAAAUCAGUGAAUGACUUAAUGGAUACAAGCUGGAUUUUAUUAAUCCCUUGCAUUAAGUUUAGACAUUGAGACAAAGGGAUACAGUUACACUGAGUCUGAGUCGUGGAAAGAGGUGCAUUACCAGUGAAAAACCCAAAACGAAAACUACUCCAUAUGCAAAUUCAUUCUGCAGAUUUUUCUUCCCUUUGCUACUACUCCAUAUGAAAAUUCCUUCUGCAGGAAGAAAUCCUUGGCAGGAGCACAAGAGGAGACCGGCAGUACCGAACUAACACUACACCCACCCCAUUUUAUACUCGAUUCCACCAUCCACCAUCCAUUAUUUAUUAUUUAUUUAAACUUUUUUUAAUAUCUUGUCUUUGUGAAUGGUGAGGAUGGAAGGGUACAAAUGGAUAGACCCUACCCUAGCAUUUUUCCAUCCCAAUUGCCUUAUAAACACCGUAGACACUAAUCCUUAGGUUCAUCUCUCGAUCUCCAUCUUCGUCGUCUCUCUCCCUGGUUACCUGAGGUAUCCGUCGCAGCGUCGUCAACUCUCCUUCCACUCUUUCACAUCAUCCAGUUGUCCACUCGUCGCUGCCUUCGCUGUUGGAGGUCGCCGCAACGCUGCCUGGGAUCUGUCACUCGCCGGCGUCGAUUCGUUGUUGCAGAGUGAUUGUACAAAGAGAAAGAGUUGGAGCGAGUACUCUUGGUGGAGGAGAAGAGGAGGGUCAAUAAUAAAAAAGAGAAAGGGAUGAAUCAGCAAAAGCAAGCCAAGGAAGCUUAUGAAGGCAUCAAAAAGAAAGAUAUCAAGAAGGCACAGAAUAAGAAGGACCAAAAUGGUGGGGAAAAAGAGGCGUGGGGAAAAAGAAUGAAAGACGAGAAGAUACUAGUGCGGUCGCAUGCUAUUCAAGCACAGGUGGAUGAUGAUGGCAAUAAUACAAGUCGGAUUCAUUCUAUAAGAACCGAAUUUCACAUGAUGAAUCUGAAAGGGAAUGAACUUGACCGGUGUUGCUUUCCUUCUCUCUAUUUUUUGGGUUCUAUGGUCGUUUCGGGCUCUCAUGUCUACAUUGUUGGUGGUUUUGAUACUUCUGUUGACCACUUGGUUCAAAAACCGGGAGAGCAUUUGUAUUUGGGUGGGGCUUGNCCUUUUUGUGCUGCCCUUAAUGGAAAGAUAUACAGUUUUGGGUUCUAUCGUCCUAGUCCAGAGGUUUAUGAUCCUGCUGUUGGGGACUGGACAUUUUUCUCUGCACCUUUGCCUUCUCAUCUUGCUCGUUCUCAAGUACUUUGUGUGCUUCCUGACUCUGCCAACAACCGCAUCCUUUUGCAGUUGUCCGGUGGUGACCUCGUCGAGCCUUCCCUAUACGCCUUCUACCCCCCCGACGGAAGCAGUGGUAGUCAUUGGAAAUGCGUUGCCCCGAGUUUCCGGCAAUUGUACCACAUCGCCACGGUUGCUGACGACGUGCUCUUCAUUCAUAACCGCAAGAAGUACCGCUCCUUGAUUCUUGGGGCCUAUGAUUUAGUUAGCAGUAUUUGGUUGGAUGUGGAGUGGACCUCACCCUUUGAAGACAAUGUCGAUAAACUAGUUGCUCAUAGGCAGUUUAAAGCUGUGUUUCCUUUUGGACCCUGGACUUUGUGCUUUGCUCUUUGGACCCCUGAAGAUGUUCUUUUUCCUGAAGUGCCGUCUGAUAAAACAAGAGUUAUCUACCUCAAGGUUCAAGUUGAACGCACUGGUUCUACCAUAUACCUCUCUCCACUUUCCAGCCACACCUUUGACCUACCCAACACUAUCAGUGUGAUUGAUUUCAUCCCUGUUUAAUUAUUAGAAAAGGUACUCUUUUACCCGUCUGAUUUAUGAUGUAUCUAAUGAUUAUUACUGUUUGACAUUUUGAAUUCAAUUGUUGCAUUUCUUUUGAUGUUUUUUUUGGCCACUUCACUCUCGAAUACAGGAUGCAUGCCUUG